AUGCACAGUUGUAUAAAAGAAUACGUCAGUGAAAUGGCUUCAAGCAGCCGCCUGGCUUAUACUUCUGAGCGGCACCCUAAACAUUCGUUAGAAGCGAUGAAUUCGUUACGCAAAAAUCGUGAACUUUGUGAUGUGGUAUUGUUGGUGGACGGAAAAGAAAUCUACACGCAUCGUGUCGUUCUGGCUGCCUGUUCCGCUUAUUUCCGUGCCAUGUUUACUGGCGAGCUUGCUGAAUCACGACAAACACAGAUCACAUUAUACGAUCUGCAUGGCGAGGCAGUUGAAAUGUUGAUCAAUUUCUGCUACACCAGUCAGAUCACGGUGGAGGAGUGUAAUGUGCAAAAUUUGCUUCCUGCUGCAUGUCUACUCCAGUUAACAGAGGUUCAGGAUGUCUGCUGCGAGUUUCUCAAACGACAACUGGAUCCGUCGAAUUGUUUGGGAAUCCGUGCUUUUGCCGAUACACACGCCUGCCGUGGCCUGCUUCGGGUUGCAGACCGAUUCACACAACUCAACUUUUUGGUACGUUCUACCUCUGAAGAAUUUCUACUGCUUCCGGUGAACCAACUGGUAGACAUCCUCAGUCUAGAUGAGUUAAAUGUUCGUACCGAGGAGCAAGUUUACCGGGCCGCGAUGCGUUGGAUUCAUCAUAAUCUGGCUGACCGACGACGUCAUCUAGCCUACUUGAUGCAACACAUCCGACUGCCUUUGCUCAGCCCGAAAUUCCUUGUUGGUACGGUAGGGGCCGAUUUGCUCAUUCGAUCGGACGAGCGUUGUCGUGAUCUGGUGGACGAAGCGAAGAACUAUCUUUUGUUGCCUCAGGAGCGUCCACUUAUGCAAGGCCCGCGGACCAAACCGCGCAAACCGGUCCAGUCUGGUGAGUUGCUGUUUGCCGUGGGCGGUUGGUGUUCCGGGGAUGCAAUUGCUUCGGCCGAACACUAUGACCCGCGUACACAUGAAUGGCGUUUAGUAGCACCCAUGCACAAGCGACGCUGUGGGGUCGGCGUAGGCGUUGUAAACGAUUUGCUCUACGCAGUUGGUGGACACGAUGGACAUAGCUAUUUGAAUUCGGUCGAACGGUACGUGCACCAAUUCCCCAGUGUGUGUGGUUCUUUCGCUUCAUGGCUUAAUUCGAUUCAUGUACAAAAUUAUCUUGAUCAGGAUGAAUUUCACCUCAAUUCCGUCAUGCCCCUCCGUUGUUGCCUGCUUUUUGGUCUAACUGACUACUUUCUUUCUUCCCCACCCGUCGGUUUUCCUUUGUCUUUUCACUCUUCACUUUUCAGCUAUGAUCCCCAUACCAACCAGUGGUCAUCCGAUAUUGCUCCUACUAGCACGUGUCGGACCAGUGUUGGGGUUGCUGUGCUGAAUGGGUUCAUGUACGCCGUCGGUGGACAGGAUGGGGUUUCUUGUCUGAGUUUUGUCGAACGCUAUGAUCCAGUGGUAAACAAGUGGACGAAGGUAAGCUUGCCUUGUACACAGACUUUGCUCACUUCACAUUUAAACCACUCACGAAUGAUUGUUUUACGUACAAAGCGGCUAUCCACCUCUUGUGUACUGUUUGUGACCAUCUCGUGUCCGUUGUUGAACAGGUCUUUUAGUAGUUCAACACGUUCUUGGUUUACCCUCUCUCUCCGUUUCUACUUAAUUUUGUCGUAUAUGUGA